AUCUCCUGGCCCGCUCCGAGGCUAACAAGGAGCUGAACGACAAGAAACGCCUUGCCACCUCCUAUGCCAACCUCGCCAGGAGUCGCACUGUGUCCGACGGGACCUGCAAAUUCCCAAAGAACAUCAUUGGUUGCGACUUGGGCCCCUAUCAGGGAGAGGUCAAGUACAUUGCCGACGAUCUUGCACUGGAGUGUCAGGGAAAGGCCCCGGGCGAGUGCAACAGGUAG